ACUAAAAAAAAACGAGAGGGGGUUGGUGAUCGGAAUGGAAUCACGAUUCACGCGUGUUAUACCCCUCUUCAAAAGCAUUCAAAUUUAAUUAAAAAGGUUGCAUUUAUUACCCCAAUCACAUUCUCUCCUAUAUUUUCGCAUCUACCAAAAUCGCAAAUCUCACUUAAAAUUUUUGUUUUAUCCUCAAAUCUCACUUAUAAUACCCAGGCCCGUUACAAAACUAUCGCAGAACAAAAACUGUUAUCUUCCAUCUCAGCACCAUACCCUUUUUUCGUGCGUGUUUGAUGUUUUGAACACAUUCCUCAUAUACUGUACUUGGGCCUUCACUGCUCUCUAUUGUUCGAUCCACCAUCUCAAAGCUCCGUUUGUUAUUCGUCGAGGAUACACGUUGAACUACUAUGAUGUAAUUAGAUCGUCGUUCGAACUUCACGCUGGGGGUUUUGAUUUUCCCGAUACUCUGAAAACGCGUUGCCGACAAGUUGUAAAUUAAAAAAAAAAAAAUCGAGUUUGAGUCUUCGGGCGAGUUCGCGCGGUUGUAUUUGAGAAGGAGUUAGCUAGCGCGGUGGUUCGUUUUAUACUUUGAAUCCGAAUCGCUACCUUUUUGUGUAUUUUAGCAACCAUGAAUAUGCCGCUGUUGGAUAUUCAACCAAGGACACUCAAGUUUGUAGUUGAUCUGAAGAAGCAGAGUACCUGCGUGGUUCAGCUAACCAAUACAACCCAUCUUUUUGUUGCUUUUAAGGUCAAAACUACAUCACCGAAGAAGUACUGUGUCCGUCCAAAUGUUGGCGUUGUGGCACCAAACUCAUCUUGUGAAUUCUCCGUGAUUAUGCAAGCUUUCAAAGAGCCACCUCCAGAUAUGGUUUGCAAAGACAAGUUCCUAAUCCAGAGUACUGCUGUCCCUGAGGAAACAACUGAUGAAGACAUCACAGCUAGCAUGUUCUCCAAAGCGGAAGGCAGACACGUUGAGGAAAACAAACUGAGAGUCACUCUCGUGAUGCCCUCUGACUCACCUGAACUCUCUCCAAUUAAGGGGACGCUGAAGCAGGAAGCAGUGUUUGAAGAUUCCAUCCUCAAAGAUCGAUUACAUGGUCAAUCAGAGUCUCUUCCUCCACAAUAUGAGGGGGAGAUUGUAAAGGAGCCUAGGAUGGUUGGGCAUGAUGAGUUAAAGCCACCAAGGAAGGGAGUCAUGGAGUUUACUAAAAAUGACAUAAAGGCAACUAAAGGUGGUGGCUACGAUACAUUGAAAAUGGCAAAAGAAGCUGAAUUCGAUCCUAUUAGGUCUCAUAAUGAUGCAGAUGAUGAAAGGGGGAUAAAGCCAACACAUAAUUUGGAUGCUCACACGAAUAUGGCCAUGGAGCUUUCUGGGGAUCAAGGGUUUGCUAACUCAGCCAACAGCGUGACUUAUCCUGAAGAACCAAAGAUGCAUAGGGACAGAGACGUUGUACAGCUGCAGAAAACAGAUGCUCAGAAUAUCAGAGCAUUGGAUGAGUAUAAGUUGGUUAAAGACAUCGAGGAGAUGAAGCUGAAAGUCAAUGCUCUCGAAGCCAAGCUAAAACAGGCUGAUUCAACCAUUUCGAAGCUAAUGGAGGAGCGGUCUAUAAGCUCCCAAAAUAGAGAAAGCUUGCAACAAGAGCUGGUGGAACUGAGGACAAAGAAGAUAGUGAAAGAAGUGCACAUUGGGUUCCCUCUGCUGUUUGUAUGCGUGGUGGCAUUCAUCAGCGUUGUUAUCGGGUAUCGUCUGCGCACUUGACUUGCUCGGUUUCUCCCUUUAUAUCUCUUAGCAAGUUGUGCAGUCAGAAAAUAUAGACAAAGGAAGGGAACUUAAUGAUUGGUUUCGUUUUAGUCAUAAUGAUGUUUCUCCAGGCACUUUUAAGAUGAAUUAUUAUUGACUGUAUAGCGUUGAGUGUUAGUCACUUAGUUGACACAAAUGGACAUAUGGUAUGAUGAUGAUAUGCUUUGUUCUCUA